AUGGACAUGUGUUCAAAGUGUCACAAAAACAUGAUCUUGAAGCAAGAAGAGGCUCAACUCGCUACAUCUUCAAUCGAGAGCAUCGUCAAUGGACAAAAUAUUGACAAAACAUCCGCGGUGCUACCCAAUUCAGCAGGGUCAGAGGUGGCUCUAUCGACCCAACCGUCUUCCGCACCACAAGUUCAAGCCGAGAACAGUGAGAAGCCGAACGAGGGUCAGAGUCAAGGUCCUUCUAGAUGCACAACAUGCAGGAAACGUGUGGGUUUAACUGGUUUCAGUUGUCGAUGUGGGCAUGUUUUCUGUGCUGUUCAUCGGUACUCAAACAAGCAUGACUGCCUGUUUAACUACCGGGUCACUGCAAAAGAUGCGAUAGCUAAAGCUAACCCUGUGGUGAAGACGGCUGCGAAAGAGUCGAAAUCGCCUUAA